GACUUGUGGAUUGAGGUAAUCGGAGUAAACAGUAAAGAUGGCGACGUCUGGAGCAGGAGAUGGGUGCUCCAGCCUGAACGGGUUCGUUUCCGAGAUAGAACAGAAACAAUUUACAGACCUGCCAGCCGAAUUACUUGAGUACAUCUUAUGCUUUCCUGUCCUCAAACAUGUCGACAUUUGCAACGUGUCCUGUAGCUGCAAGCGGCUACACGACGUUUGCCACGGCAGGGGGAAGGUCUGGGGACACCAGUACAAACUCAGAUGGCCAAGAUUGCAGAAGCAUUACCGCCAGAACGAGUGCUGUGAUUGGCUGAAAGAAUACAGAACGCGGCACACUGUUGGUCUACAAAUACGACGAACAGUUGUAUCCAUCUCCCAGAGAUUCUUCACGGAAGUUCCUUGCGUUGGCCAGGUGCUGGGGGACAGCUUUGCUGAGAUUGAGUCCCUCGGCGCCCCAGAGCACUUCUGUGAAGACGAGCUGCUCUCCAUACUCAACUCAGACAGGAGGAAAAGCCUGACACUGAAGUACUAUGCAAAGAAAAUCCUUUAUUUCCUGCGCCAGAAGAACAUCCUGAGGAGUUUAAAGAUGUUUCUGGAGCAGCCUGCAGAGCAGCAGUCAGCCCUAGAGGGAGCUCUGCUGGUAGACCAGUAUUGUAACCCCCUGGCAGAUGUGUCAUUGGACGGUAUAUCCUCCCAGCUGGAGGAGAUCACUGACAAGAUCAAGAAGAUGCUGCAGAUAAAGAACCCCUCUCAUCCAAGCCUGAGGGUCACACAAGGCGAUUGUUCUGCUGUAGAUGACUUUGAUCUCCAGAGACAGGUGGUCGUUACCCUCAAUGCUGUUUUAUACGAGCAGCUUCAGUACAAGGGCAACGAGUGUGACUACUACAACCCUCUCAACUCCUAUAUACACCAGGUGUUGCUCCGCCGGACAGGCAUUCCCAUCAGCCUCUCUGUCCUUUACAUGACGCUGGCCAGGAAACUGGGGGUUCAACUGGAGCCUGUCAACUUCCCCAAUCACUUCCUGCUUCGCUGGUGCCAGCAACAAAGAAGGAGUGGGGACAUCUAUGAUUUUGUGUACAUUGACGCCUUCGGUAAAGGCAAGCAGCUGACGGCUAAGGAGUGCGAGUACCUCAUUGGUCAUCAGGUGACUGCAGACUACUACAAUGCCAUCAGUACAACAGAAGUGCUGUUAAGGAUGGUGGGAAAUCUGCUGAACAUCGGCAAACGAGGGAUCUCAUCCUUGAGGGAGGGCAAUGAAAAAUCCUACCAGCUGCUGAGAGACUCUCUGGAUCUCUACCUCACCAUCAACCCAGACAACGUUCAGUACCUUCUACUACAGGCCAGACUCUACUUCCACCUGGGCAUCUGGCCUGAGAAGGUCCUCGACAUCCUGCAGCACAUCCAGGCGUUGGACCCGUCCCAACAUGGGGCAGUGGGUUAUCUGGUACAACACACCCUGGAACACAUCCAACACAAGAAACACCCUGUAGAUCCAGAGGUGAAGAGACGCAGCGCCCCCGAACACCUAGAGCUGCAGUACAGUGUAGGCCUCAUCAUGAAACACAAGAGGUCUGGCUAUAACUGUGCAAUCUAUGGCUGGGACCCCAAGUGCACCAUGAGCCAGGAGUGGAUUACCACCAUGAGGGUCCACCAGCUGUCCAGCGGUGCUAACCAGCCCUUCUACAACGUCUUAGUGCAGGAUGGCACCUGCCGAUACGCUGCCCAGGAAAAUCUAGAGCCCCAUUCUGCCCCUCUGGAGAUUGCUCACCCGGAGGUGGGACGCUACUUCUCAGAGUUCCAUGACAGCCACUAUGUUGCCAACGAGGAGCUGCAGACACGCUACCCAGAGGACAUGGCAGAGACCCUGGGCACCGUACGGGACCUCUACCACAGACUGAUGCCCAGCCCAGUGCAACAGGAGAGCCCCAAUGGCCCAGAGGGACCUUCCCAGGAGAACCAGGACACCAUGCCCACAUAGCUAAGCCUUCACUACUCCUCGGCCCCAUUCAAAACAACCCCUAGUUCCUACCACCUAGGCACAGGUACAUCUGAAAGGAUUGGAUGUGUAUAAACAAUAUGGCAGAAUUACAACUAGCCUGUCAUAGGGAAGAUUGUAGCUACUACUAGCCUAACCUAAUGUGGAAAGAUGCCUGAGCGGAGUCCUCACUUCUGUUUUUCAGGGGAAAUGGAAGUUAGGUUGAAAAUACUUUAUCCCUGAAAACCAGACAUCCGCUUUCAGCCAAUGCCGCUAAGGGUGCUACUAGCCUAUUGUGUGGCAGGUUGGCGCUACGACUAGCCUUUCAUAGGACAGGGAGGCAUUACUACUAGCCUAUUAUAGGGCAGGGUGGAGCUACUACUAGGGUCUAGGGGUUGUUUCUGGACAGGGCCCUCUGUUCCCCAUCCAGUUCCAUUACUUGACACAACAUCCUGUCCCCAAAACCAUCAGGGACGUCGGUAUUCACAGAGUCUGAGUAGAAAGUGCUGAUCUACAAUCAGGUUCUCCACCUGUCCAUAUUAUCUUAUUCAUUAUGAUCUUAAGGGCAAAACUGGUCCUAGAUCAGCGCUCUUACUCUUGAGAAGCUUAUUUUGAAUACUGACCCGUUAAUUCUUCAGUACCUGGAUCAUGUGCUGUACCACCGCCUGCCAACCAACACCAGUCAAAGCCAAAGCCUCCUUUCUCUCUCUAACUUCAUGAAGACUUACUGAGAUCAAAACACUUACUCUCUCUCCACCACAAUAUACUUUCUCCAACAUCUGUCAAGAAGAGGUCUUCCUAGACUUGACUCCCUAGUCUCUCUACCCCUUUCCACUUCCACAUGAAACAAUAUAAAAAAAUUACUUUACAGUAUGAAACAAUAUGGAAAUGAACCUUGCAGUAUGAAAAUGAGCCUUGCAGUCUGAAAUGAUAUGAAAAUGAACCUUGCAGUAUUGAAAAUGAGCCUUGCAGUCUGAAAUGAUAUGAAAAUGAACCUUGCAGUAUUGAAAAUGAGCCUUGCAGUCUGAAAUGAUAUGAAAAUGAACCUUGCAGUAUUGAAAAUGAGCCUUGCAGUCUGAAAUGAUAUGGAAAUGAACCUUGCAGUCUGAAAUGAUAUGAAAAUGAACCUUGCAGUAUUGAAAAUGAGCCUUGCAGUCUGAAACGAUAUGAAAAUGAACCUUGCAGUGUGAAAAUGAGCCUUGCAGUCUGAAACGAUAUGGAAAUGAGCCUUGCAGUCUGAAACGAUAUGAAAAUGAACCUUGCAGUGUGAAAAUGAGCCUUGCAGUCUGAAACGAUAUGGAAAUGAACCUUGCAGUCUGAAACAAUAUGAAAAUUAACUUUACAGUAUUAAACAAUAUGAAAAUGAGUGUUACAGUAUGAAAAUGAGUGUUACAGUAUGAAAAGAUAUGAGCGUUCCAGUUUCUCCUCACACAUUUUGAGUUGAAUACAUUCAGUUGUUCAACUGACAAGGUGUCCCUCUUUUCUUCUGUCACAUUACAUUAUAAUAAUGAUUCAUGCACUUAUGAAAGGAUGACUUUCACAUUUCUAGAACGUGUUAUUAAAAAAUGCUGUAUAUUUACAAGUAAAACAUUGCAGGACUACAAUGACUUGAAACAGGAAUGGGUUGCCAGACUUAAUAAAUAUAAAUCAAAUGUU